UGUACUUUUAGUUUGGCCCAACCCAAUACAAAUCCGCAGCUGUAAGCCUACAUGUAUUGCUUGCAAAACCCCUAAAACCCCUCUAAUGGCAGAACUUCAUCUUCCCUGUAUAUGCUCAUCAAUGGUUCAGUGACCAAAUUACCAGUAAACCCACCAAUGAUAUACCUGAGAAAAUUCAAUUCUUGGCGUUUUUUAACAAUUCUUCAACUCCCCCGUAACUCAAUAGCAUCAACAUGCUUGAAUUCAUCUGCCCCAUAUCAAUUUUCAUCAUCUUUGGGAAGACCCUUUUCGUUUUCAGCUCAGUCUCAGAAAAAAUCAGCAAGUUCAGAUAGUGUAGCAAAGAAACCAUUGGGUGUUUUCUUUCAAGAAGCUGUUGGUCUCUUAGAAAAGUCUGAAGUAUCAGAAAGUGAGGAUGAAACUGAAAACAAAGAAUUGAAGUGUAAGUUGAGAAAAUUGGAGGAAGAAGUGAGGGUUUUGCGGGAGAAGAGGAAAAAUGAGAAAGCUAAUAAGGAGGAAGCUGGAAAUGGUGAUGGGGUGUCAGAAAAUGAGGGGAAGAGUAAGAAAUUACAUGAAUUGUUUAUGAAUGAGGAAGUUAGGAGUGUAAAAUCAAGGAAGUUGAUGCCGUUAAGCAUGGAGGAUCAUACUGUGUUCAAAGAGCUUUCACCUGAUAUGGUGAUGUUUGUGACUCAUUUAUACAAUGAAGGGUACUUUAAAGAUUCAAACUUUUUGCCUAGGAAGAAGUUCGAUAUUUCUUGCUUCGAGAAUAGCUAUGCCCGUGAUUUUGUGAAGUAUGCAGCUGAGCAGUUUGGUAGAGAUCACCAAGAGAUUGCUAAAUGGUUGUCUGGCAGUGACUUGAAAAAAGUCGCCCUUUUUGGUUGCCCUUCUAUUGCAAAGAAGAACGUUUUAUCUGCUAAGAGGUUGCGUACAUAUUUCAGAAUUCAAGAAGAUAAUGUAUGCAGCAAAUGUGCCUUAAAAGUAUCAUGCAAGUUUGUGAAUCAGAAUCUCCGGAAAGGCGAUAUGACAAAUUUACACUUGGCUGGUGUAAUGAGGGUUAUUACUCUGUAUGCGCUAGAAUCAGUUCCUCCCCAGUUAGUAAUACCAGAUGAAAUAAAGGCUUCUGUCAGUCGAUUGCUGAUGGACAUCUUGAGACUUAGUCAAACUGUAUCUUAAACGCUUCUUCAGAAUCCGAUGAGUUGAUCAGCAGCAUACAGUGCCUAUGGUAUUCAGGUAAUGAAUCCACGUGCCAAGAUGGGCGUUGGGGUUGAAUCUCUGGAUAACAACGGAACCUUAGCUGGGUCAAGGUGAUCGAAGUCAAUUGCUCGUUUCUUAUAGGAAAACUGUAAAUGCAUCUCCUUCGAAACAUAUCUUAGAUCUGAGAUCUUCAACAAGAUUUCGUUCAAUUUUGCAGAUAACCUAAAUGUACUGAAGUCAAAUAUUUGUAUUUGCAGGAAAUAUAUGAAGAAGUUCCUCCCAUUGAUGUACUUAGAAUUACUUAUUUAGAACAGAAAUUUGGUCAUACUUGCCAUAUUCGUUAAUAUUGAGGAUGUAUUGGUUCUAUCUAUUUAAUUUAGUGAAAGUAUAAAUCACAUGACAAGGCUAAUGUUUCCAA